UCCAUUACACCUCGUCUUCCAUCUCGCCGCUUCAGCGCUUGUCUUGUUUUCCCUUUCUCGGUGCGUCGGGUCCGCGUCUCAUCAUGUCUUCUUUCGCUACCAAGUUCCUGCGCACGUCGCGCGCACUGCGAGUCAAUGCCAACCCCAUCCAGAGCGCUCUCAACACCAGGGGUCAGCAGCAGUUCGUGCGAGGAUAUGCCACAGUCUUUGAGCGCAGCAAGCCGCACGUCAACAUCGGCACCAUCGGUCACGUCGAUCACGGAAAGACCACUCUCACAGCAGCCAUUACGAAGCGACAAGCAGAAAAGGGCUACGCCAAGUUCCUCGAGUAUGGCGCUAUCGACAAGGCGCCGGAAGAGCGAAAGCGUGGUAUCACCAUUUCGACCGCCCACAUCGAGUACCAAACCGACAACCGCCACUACGCCCACGUCGAUUGUCCUGGUCACGCCGAUUACAUCAAGAACAUGAUUACUGGUGCUGCGUCCAUGGAUGGCGCCAUCAUUGUUGUUGCUGCUUCAGAUGGACAAAUGCCACAGACGAGAGAGCACUUGCUCCUUGCGCGCCAGGUCGGUGUGCAAAGAAUUGUUGUGUUCGUGAACAAGGUCGAUGCGGUUGAGGACAAGGAAAUGUUGGAGCUCGUCGAGAUGGAGAUGCGUGAGCUUCUGUCCUCGUAUGGCUUCGAGGGUGAUGAGACACCGAUCGUCAUGGGUUCUGCUCUCUGCUCGUUGGAGGGUCGUCAAAAGGACAUUGGAGAGGAGAAGAUCGAUGAGCUCCUCGAGCACGUCGACAGCUGGAUCCCAACUCCAGAGCGUGACCUGGACAAGCCCUUCCUGAUGUCAGUCGAGGAUGUCUUCUCUAUCCCAGGACGUGGUACCGUUGCAUCGGGCCGUGUAGAGCGUGGUGUGCUCAAGAGGGAUUCCGAGGUGGAGCUUGUCGGAAAGAAUGCUGUUCCAAUCAAGACCAAGGUCACCGAUAUUGAGACCUUCAAGAAGUCGUGCGAGCAGUCACAGGCCGGUGACAACUCUGGUCUGCUUCUGCGUGGUAUCAAGCGUGAGGACGUCCAGCGUGGUAUGGUCAUUGCGGUCCCAGGCUCGCAGAAGGCACACAAGAAGUUCUUGACAUCGUUAUACGUUCUGACCAAGGAGGAGGGUGGUCGUCACACCGGUUUCCAAAACAACUACAAGCCUCAGCUCUUCCUCCGAACAGCUGACGAGGCUGCCACACUUACUUGGCCAGAGGGCUCAGAGCAACUCGCUGAGAACAAGAUGGUCAUGCCAGGUGACAACGUCGAGAUGGUAUGUGAGAUCAAUAAGCCUCUGGCUCUCGAACAAGGACAGCGCUUCAACGUGCGCGAGGGUGGCCGCACCGUCGCCACAGGCCUGAUUACUCGUGUCUUGUAAACAGUGGCAGGUAUGAGACUUGCUUAAUGAGCCGAGCAGAUGGUCUCGAGGUGCUUGUGGGGAGGUGAAAUGCCUGCAACAUGCGGGCAUGGAGAGAAGAAAAUGUAAGAUGACAUGUACAGCUACACAGCCGACAGAGGCUGCUUCACCUUCGACGACUGUAUUUGCUGUACGUUUACGGAGGAUCGGAAAGACAAAAAGGUGGCGAUGCAUAGCCAGGCGCCGGUCUUGUA